UUCUGCCGGAAUCUCGCCAAGCAGACAAUCGACAAGUUCAGAUCUACUGUGGAUCCGGCACUCUACACAUUGUACGCCCUGUCUGAUAAUGAUUGGGAGUUUAAUGUUUGGCAAAAUUCGACUUACCUCCUUGUACUUUCUAACAAACGUUCCGUCGAAAGUCAGAGGGAUGAAAUUGCAAAGAGGGAUUGCUACGAUGCUGCACGUGCUUUGGGUCUUCUCGGCAUUUCCUGCGUGCAAAAGACGGAAAGUAUUGCAUCUUCUUCAUCCACUACUCUUUAUACCUCCAAACCGCCUGACUCACCAGACUCUGAGAGUCGGUUGAAUUGCCUUUUUUCCUCCAUCCUUGAGUGGUUCCGAAAGAAGGAGGAGGAUGGGAGGUUUGAGAUUCCUAAAUGCCUCAUUGCCCUUUUGGAAGAUGCAACUGACGCAAAAGUGGAGAUCGUCUCCACAGGAAUUGAGGCGGACUCUUUUUCGUUUGCCGAAUACUUCGCCUCUCUCAAGGGAACCUCUCGUUUGGGUCGGCAUCCCUUUUGGAGUGAGGAAAUGUCCUCUAAUUUCACGGUUUCACAAAAGGAGAAGAAGUCCGGUUAUCUGCCGCAUCUACUUGCAUGGAUUCAGCAUCUUCCGGCUCUUGCUGUUUUCAUAGCUCUGAACGAGUUCCUCGAAGAAUGCGGUGUAGGUAAAUCCUCUCAUAUGGAAUUGCGAGUCAAAUGGCCAAAUGAUGUCUAUGUCGUCGAUAAGACGUCAAAUACGUGCACAAAGAUAUCAGGUGUUCUUGCUAGUGCUACAUGCACUGAUCCCGGCGAGGUGCGAUGCUUAGUAGGUAAGUGGCAAUCUUUUAUGGCACCUUAA